AUGGAAAUUUCGUCGAAACUGAUCCGAUUCUCUCCACACGAAGUCGAGAACCAUCUCGAACUGUCACUUCGUCAAGCCUACAAUAAUCUCCAGCCGAAAUUACGGCCGCCGUUUUCCUUAGAAAUCCCAGACCCACAAGAGUAUCUCGAGCUCAACAAAGCCAUCGUCUACGGCGUGUUAUCCGAUUCCGGUUCCUGUAAAACCCACAUCAAGCACCUACACGCUCUCGUCACCGACGGGUAUGCGUUUUUCACGAGUCUGCUUGUUGGAAUCGUUGUUGAAUUCUACGGUAAACUCGUCGAUUCCGCUAAGAUCCAGCUUCUCUGGGCGACGAAGGAGAUGAUCGGUGUUUCGAGCGUCGGGCUUGAGGAUUUGAUUGUGUCUUUGCUGCGACGAAUCGGAAGCGGAGAUUACAGCGAUCAGAAUCUAUGGCUUUGCUCUGAAUUGGUGAGUUUGUUUCUCGAGAAUUGGGAUUGUUUGCUUGAAGAGUUUCCAUUGGUUUUGACUAGUGCUCUGUAUAGUUUUCUUCGUUUGUUAGCUGAUCAUUGUAGAGUUAUAGGCGUAGCGAAACUCGAAAACGUGAAGAGAUUGGAGAUCAGAUUCUGUGUCAAAAUGUUUAGAGAGGAGCCUGAUUUGUGCUUGAAGAUUGGUAGAGAUCUUCUCCGGCUAUUGCAGGAUUUGGUUCACGUCCCUGAAUUCAGAGAGAUACAGAACGGUUUGGUGGUAAACCGGUGUACUUCGAGUAGAUACUUCUUUCUCCGAAUCACUCCUGAGAUGGAGAUCCAGCUAAGGUUUCUCCUUGGGAAUGUGAAGUUAGGAAGCCACAAGAGGCAUCAGAUGUGGUUCUUGAAGAAGUUUUUAUUAGGUCCUGAGAAAGAAACGGUUCUGAUCGACAUAGUCCGGUUCGUCUGCUGCGUGAUUCACCCGACUAACGAAACCAUCCGGUCAGAGAUCAUGCCGAGAUGGGCUGUUAUAGGUUGGUUUCUGGAACUGAGUAAGCAGAGCCAGCACAUUGAACGGAGCGUGAAGCUGGCUCUGUUCUACGACUGGCUGUUUUUCGACGAAAGAGUCGAUAGUAAUAUCAUGAAUGUUGAACCGGCUGCGCUCUUGAUGGUGUGGUCGAUACCGCAGUAUCCGCAAAUCACUCACUCUUUACUUGAGUAUUUACUGAAUCUUGUGGAGAGUUAUGAGUUAAGCCGUCGAGAUAUGGUCGCGAGAGGCGUGGCUUCGGCUUUCAGAGAUAUCGAGCGGAAAGGAGUCAUAAGGUCGUUGGAUAUACUAAUAAAGAAUGCUGCAGUUGCAUCGGAUCUGAAGAAGAAGCUAGCAAAGUUGUUGGCUCCUGUGAAUCUUCAACAACUUAGUAUUCCUUCUGAGAAAACGUUACCUUCUUCAGAAGCAGUAUUAAAAGAAUGCAGCACCAAAGUAGUAGGAGUAGUUGAUAAUCCUGAUCAGAAGCUGGGACAAUUCUGUUGA